AUGGCUGCCGCGACUUUGACACUGUCCCUCACUCCCGUGUCCUCGUCUUCCGUACCCCCGAUCCACCACUAUCCAUCGACACCCCUCGUCCAAUUUCCCCCGCCGCUCCCCAGUCUGCGCCGUCCGCUCAGGGAGCGUUGCGGCUUCAACCUGAGGAUCAAGACCACCUUCACUCAACCAGAGCACACCGCUCCGCGAUCGCAGAAGGGCCACAUUCAGCCGCAUCGUAACAAUCUUCCUCGCAGACGCAAGGGCGCCAAGCGUACCAUCUUCCACGAGGAAGAGCAUGUCGCAGAAGCUGCCGUCGUGGCCCCCACGAGGGAGCCGCCGAAAGUCGUCGACAGAUGUGUGCAAGACAUCAUCCCCGGCCUAUCCAUCGCCUUCAAUACGGGUUUGAGGAGCGAUGCGACGCAGCUCCUCGCAGAGGGCUAUACCCACGUCGUCGACGUCUGCUACCCCGCUGAUGACGCCCACGAGUUCGUCGCGGGCUCGAUCGAGCAUGCGCUCGAGGGCCGACUGCAGAGGCUGUGUCUCACCCUUCCGUCGUCCGCACGCGUCGACGAUAUCUCCCAGCGAGCGGGUCUCGCGCUCACCGACCAGCAGCUGCGCGCCUCUAGAGACUUCCUGGGGCAGACGCUCCCCUAUGCGUCCGCAAGCCAAACAUCGGGCGGGGACGUGCGUAUCCUCGUCGCCACCCCCAGCCUUCGGACCACGGAUGCAAUGUGCAUCGCCGGCUGUUAUCUAGCCUUUGUGUCGGGCAAGAGCGUUGAGACGGUUCUCCGCUACAUCGAUGAGGAGGAGAGUGUACUUAGUGUCUGGAAGGGCGAGGUGUCCGAGGACGAAGCUGAGAGGGCGGAGCGCAUCGCUAGGCUAUGGUCGUGGCUGUCGAGCGUUAGACGGUGA